UGGUAACGUAAUAAAUGAUAUUCAAUCAAGCUCAUAACAAUGCUGCUCUACUGUUCUAUGGUAAUGGAUAGCAUGGGGUUAAAACUACUUAGAAGAUUUUUGGAGGAAGUCGAUCGCCUUGAAAUACUGCUCGCCUGAAGUUGAAAUACGAGGACUCCCAGUCAGGCGUCCUGUAUGAACUUUCCCUUCAGCUCAAGUAAAGAUUUGCAAUGUAUUUCCGUAUCUCUGUUGGGAUUACGGAUCUCUCAAUCGGAUAGUGGAUCGUGUUCUACUGAACCAAAUGCAAAAAAAAAGCCGAAAAAAGUGACAUGAAUCGUUCUUUCCUUGUUCCGCGCAUGUGCUAAAAGUUUAUUUAUUAAGCCUACCAUCGUAUGUUCUGCAUCAAUCAUUUAUUCCUAUUCGAUCAUUUGAUUUGGAGUCAGGACGCACAGGAUCAAGGUUGAAUAAAGAGGAAAGGGAACCACUCAAGGACACCGAGUUUUACAAACUUCCAGAAGUUUUUGAAAUAGGCCUAUUGGUUUUCUUGAUAUCGUCCUUCUUUUAAUUAAUAAAGAUGGCUUCAAUACGUAAAACAUGUUUACUGUGGGCAGCAAUUGUCCAGGCGUUGGGAUCACAAUUAUUAGGAACGUCGCUUGUUGCUGGUGUUAAUAGUACCUAUAUAUUUGACUAUUUCAAUGAUGAAGACAAAUCUGAGACAGACCGGAAUACUACCAUGUCAAAUCGAAACAACGACCAGUAUAAUAUUAUGAGAAAGAUCGUAUCUAGAUCAGGGUAUUUUCUGAGGAUUGGACCUGAUGGACGUGUUAGUGGUACAAGUAACUGUAGGGACGUAUAUGUAUACGUGACAACAUUUGUUGUUGGACCUAAUUUACUCAUCAUCCGAGGUACUGAAACUGGUCUUUACUUAGCAAUGAAUGAGAAUGGAAAAGUCUCAGCAAGAAAUAACACAGAGUCAAGAAUUCUCAGCCAACAAAAUGUUGAUAUGCUCUGGCGUGAAAAAUUCAAACCUCGUUCGUGUUUUGUGUCCUUUCAGUCAUACAGAGCUGUCCAGAAUAGGUCUACCGGCCUAGGCGAAAAGUCUACUGGGCCUAGAAAACGGACUAAUGGCGAACGAUCUAUCGAACGUGACCGCUUUCUCUCAAUCACUAAAGGCGGUCGCGUUACUACAUCUACAUCAGACACGCAGUUUAAAAGUAAUUUCUUCCUUAUAUCUUAUAAAUCUCAAAAUUAAAGAUACUUAUUUUUCUUGUGUUUAUUUAUUUAUCUUUUUGCUAUCUAUUUAAUGCUAUUCUUACUGUGUGUGCAAUUUAUAUAUUCAUUUGUUGGUUUGUUUUUUUUUUUUUUGUUUUUUUUUUUGUUAUUAAGUAAUAUUUGAUAAGUUUUAAUUGUUCUAAAAAUUUUACUCUAAUCAUCCUAAUAUGUUUGUAACGUGCUUAAUAGGUUAUAACAUAACUACUACAAAUGGUAUAAAGUAUUAAUUUUCGUUUAUCUUUGUGUUGAUUGACCUAUUGUUUCAUCAGUGGACGAAUCGUUCAUAGGAUGGUCGCAUUACUGUAUCUUUACCCAAUUUCACAGUAAUUUUGUUCUUCAUAUCGUAGAAAUCUCAAAAUUAAAUAUACUGAUUUUUCUUGUCUUUAUUCGUUUUUGCUUUUGUUUUUUGGGGGUUUUUUUGUUUGUUUGUUUGUUGUUUAUUUUUUUUCUGUUUU